AUGGCUCUUUGGGGCGUUUGGAAGUGGAGAAACAGCAUGAUCUUUGAGGAUUCCCCUUGGUCGUUGGAGGAGGCCUGGCGGCGUGUCUGCCAUGAUCACGACGAGGUCGCUGCUGCCAUGGGUGAAGAUGCACACGAUUCAGAUUGUUGGUUGAGUAAUCGAUGGCGGUUACCGGCGGCAGGGUCUAUCAAGCUGAACGUCGACGGAAGCUUUAGGGACAUGGAUGGAUCAGGUGGAGCUGGUGGUUUGGCUCGUUAUGCUCAAGGAGAUUGGUUGUUCGGCUUCGUAGCGCACAGUUAUGGUGGGAAUGCUUUAGCAUCGGAGGCCGAAGCUCUGCUGCUGGGGCUGAAGUUAGUGUGGGAUCGUGGCUAUAGAGAAGUCAAAGUGGAGGUCGAUUGUGCAGAAUUGCUCCAGAGCAUUGAGAAUGGGGAUAGUGGUAGGUUCUUCCCUGUCAUUACCGAGAUCAAGCAACUCAGGGAUAAAGCUUGGAAUAUCUCAAUAGAGAGGGUGCGACGGGAGUGCAAUGCUCCAGCGGAUUACCUUGCAAAGUUGGGUGCGCGUUCUCCGGUUGUCAACUUCAGCUUCUUGGAUAAACCACCUUGGGAAGCAGAGACUCUUGUCUUGAGAGACCCGGUGUUUGCUCGUUAG